AUGAGGAUUCAGACCGAUGCUGUGAAUGUUGUCUCACGAGCAUCUUCAUAUCUCUUGAGCGGGUUGCUAAAACGAAAACCAUUGUGGUUUGAUGUUGUUGCCAAGUACCCACCCAAACAGAAUCUUAUCAAAGUCCCUUACAUUCAAAGCAAGGAAAACAAAGACCCUAGAAAUGAUCAAUUUGAGCUCAAAAAACGUGAUAGAAAGAGACCGCUUUCCGCGUUAUACCAAACACGCGCAAGCAAGAUGGAAAAUGGUAAUUUGAACCGUAAGAUUCACAGGAUUCCCAAGUUGAAAUUCCUCGAGGAUGAAAUCAGAGACUAUUUCCAUUUGAGACACCCAUGGGAAAAUGCUCGUCCAAAGACUUUAGUGGAAAAUAGUGGAGACGAGGUGCUGCGUAAAUGCGAUUGGUCACGCAUGUUGCAACUUUACAAGCCUUUGGAUGGUGAGUCGGUUGUUCAACGUACAAUGUAUAUUUUGCAAAAUGACCCUGAAGUGAAGGAUGUUUUUGAAGCUUACGACAUUGCAAGGUUUGAGUAUUACAAGUUGCGAAUGGCUGAAGAGAUGGAGAGCCAUGUGGCCAAGGAAGAGAGUGUAAUGCAUGGUGCCGUUUUCGAAUCGACUCACUUGGACUGGAACUUGACCACUGAACAAAAGUACAUCGAUGACUGGGUCAAGAUUGCAUCUGAAAAGACACAAGUAUUGGAAGCUAACAGAAGUAAAUCCAACGCACCAGCUGGCUCAAUGGGUGGAGAAGAAGUAGAGGCAGCACAAGUGAGUAUAUUUGAAGUUUUUUGCAAACUGGUCCAUCAGAGGGAGUUGAAAGUCAGCAAGGAGAGGAGGAGCAGAGUCCAGCAAAAGACGCAUGAGGAAACGAGUCGAGCAUUGUAUAUAAUAGAAAUGAAAAUGAAGAGAAUCUUGGAGAAGUAA